AUGGAGAACAAGAGGCCUAAACUGCUUCCAGCCACUUUGGUUAUCUUUAUUGUUAGUCUUACUUCCUUGUUGAGUUUCCCUCAAGCAAUCAAGGGGGCAGUGAGUGAGAAAAUUAUCGAUGACAAUGAGGAAAGCAACUUAGAAACUUACAUUAUAUUUGUAACAAAGCCAGAAGGUGGAGUUUCAGAACAAUCUCAUGAUUUACACAGCUGGUACCAGUCAUUUUUGCCAGCUAGUAUCUCAAACCAGCAAAGACGCAUCAUAUAUUCCUAUCGAAAUGUGGUGAGUGGGUUUGCUGCAAAGCUGACAGCUGAUGAAGCAAAAGCCAUGGAAGAGAAAGGCGGUCUUGUGUUAGCCCGACCCCAAAAAAUAUUGCCCCUCCAUACGACUCAUAGUCCCAACUUCUUGGGUUUGUACCAAAAUUUAGGACUAUGGAGAAACUCAAAUUAUGGUAAGGGAGUGAUAGUUGGAGUUUUGGACACUGGAAUAUCACCAGAUCACCCUUCAUUUAGUGAUGAAGGAAUGCCUCCUCCACCAGCUAAGUGGAAAGGAAAAUGUGAAUUCAAUGGAACUGAAUGCAACAACAAACUCAUCGGUGCAAGAACUUUCCAAAGUUUUGAGCAUCCCUUAAAACCUGUUGGACCCAUUGAUGAUGUAGGGCAUGGCACCCACACUGCCAGCACAGCAGCAGGCAGUUUUGUAAGUGCUGCCAAUGUUUUUGGUAAUGCCAAUGGCACAGCAGUUGGAAUGGCACCUUUGGCUCACUUGGCCAUUUACAAAGUCUGUUCUGACUUUGGCUGCUCUGAAAGUGACAUAUUGGCUGCAAUGGAUACCGCCGUUGAGGAGGGUGUUGAUGUGCUUUCUCUUUCUCUUGGUGGCCGUUCAGCUCCUUUUACUGCAGAUGGCAUUGCUGUGGGUGCAUUUGGAGCUAUUCAAAAUGGAGUUUUUGUGAGUUGUUCAGCUGGGAAUUCUGGUCCAGGUAAUUUUUCUUUAUCAAAUGAGGCCCCAUGGAUUCUCACUGUCGGAGCAAGCACCAUUGAUAGAAGCAUAAGAGCAACUGUGAAACUUGGAAAUAAUGAAAAAUUUUUUGGUGAAUCACUCUUCCAGCCACAACUUUCCACCCAAAACUUUUGGCCUCUUGUUUAUCCAGGCAAAGAUGGAAACCAAUCAUCAGCAGUAUGUGCACCCGGAUCAUUGGAAAAUUUUGAUGUCAAAGGCAAGAUAGUGCUGUGUGAUAGAGGUGGGCUCGUAGGAAGAGUUGAGAAAGGGCAAGUAGUGAAGGACGCUGGUGGCAUUGGCAUGAUUCUUGCUAAUGAGGAGUUUGAUGGUUAUAGCACCUUAGCUGAUGCUCAUGUCCUUCCUGCAUCACAUGUGAGCUACACAAAUGGGGUGAGCAUCAAAACCUAUGUAAACUCAACAGCGUCACCAACAGUAAUGUUAUUGUUUGAAGGCACUGUUAUUGGAGUAAAAACUGCUCCAAUGGUUAGUUCCUUCUCCUCUAGAGGCCCAAGCCUGGCAAGCCCUGGCAUCUUAAAACCAGACAUCAUAGGUCCUGGUGUGAGCAUUCUAGCAGCAUGGCCAGUUUCAGUGGAGAACAAAACGAAUACCAAAGCAACAUUUAACAUGAUCUCAGGCACCUCAAUGUCUUGUCCUCAUCUUAGUGGCAUUGCUGCUUUGCUGAAAAGUGCUCACCCCGACUGGUCACCUGCUGCUAUCAAAUCUGCUAUUAUGACUACUGGUGAUUUAGUAAACCUCGGCGGCCAGCCAAUUGUUGAUGAAAGGCUUCUUCCUGCUGAUAUCUUGGCCACUGGAGCAGGCCAUGUUAACCCAUCAAGAGCCAGUGAUCCAGGGCUUGUCUAUGAUAUCCAGCCUGAUGAUUACAUUCCUUAUUUGUGUGGUUUGGGUUACACUGACAGAGACAUCACAUAUCUUGCGCAGCGCAAGGUCAAGUGCUCAGAAGUGCAGAGCAUACCCGAAGCACAACUGAAUUAUCCUUCAUUCUCUAUCAUGUUUGGUCCUAAAACUCAGACAUAUACCAGAACAAUCACCAACGUUGGCCCAGCUACCUCAUCUUACACUGUUUCAGUUGCACCACCACCCGGAGUAGACAUUAAAAUUAUGCCAUCUAAGAUUGUUUUCACAAAGGCAAAAGAGAAAGCAACAUACGCAGUGACAUUUACCAAAACAAGCAACGAAAACAAUGGGGCAUUUGUUCAGGGACAUUUGAAAUGGGACUCUGAUCAUCAUUCAGUUAGAAGCCCAAUAUUGUUCUUAUUCUCAAAUGAGGACUAAGCGCCAGAGGUGAUGGUGACCACGAAAGGUGUCAACAGUCUCUUUGCCCGUUG